CUCCCAGCCCCUCACGCCCCUCAUUUUAAGUCCUCAGGUCUGCCCUAACCCCACAAGCCGCACGUCCCCACCUCUGACCCAGGCUCAUUUCUUCUCUGGGUUCCCCGGGAAACAGGGGCCUCUCCAGAGGGGGAGGGGUAGCAGUGGCUGAGGUCAGGGACCACCAGCAAGUCACCCUCUGGCACCCUGGGACACAGCACCCUUUGUUCUGUCCCCUCCCUGCCCCCUCAGUCCCAGGCUCUCCGGCCUGGAUUAGCCUUAUCCAGAGGAAAGCUGCAGAGGCCCCUCCUGGAAUGUGGCCUGGGAGUGUGGGGCGGGCAGGGAACUGAACCGAUCAGGGCUCCUGGGGUCCCUCCUGUGCCCCUUGUACCACUAGGACACCCCCCCCCAUCAGGGCAGGACUUUGUGUGUCCUCUGCCCUGAGGCUCCAGGAGGUGAAGGGACCUCCCUUAUCUCCAGCUCUCCUGAGACAGGCCUGGGACAGGGAGCCCACCAGGGGGCCCGACCUGGCUCAGUGCUAUGGUGGCUGCUCUGUCCCUUCUCCCCUCCCAGGUGCAAGCCUCUUAGAGGGGGUGGGGGUGGGGGAACAUUAAGCCCCAGGCUUGCAGGAGCCAGCAGCUGAUCUGCAGGAAGCCUGGGUGUCUUCAGCUGCGCUCCCAUCAGGCUAGGCUUUCAAGGGAGAGCCAGUGAGGCGGCCUCUCCUUGCAGACCUCAAGAGAUGUGAGGCUGGACACCCAACCCACAGGGCGGCUCAGGUAAGCAUGGGGCCAGGGCUGCCAGGGACCACCCACUGCCCUGGUCCUCAAGCCCAGGGACGCAGCUGUGGUGAGGGGCAACACAGGAGAAGCCAGAACUUGGUCUUGGUGGGAGAAGGGCAGAGUCCCAGAUACCCACGGGGCCCUUGGCAUUGCCCAAUUCCAGGCGGGAGGCCCUGGCACAGAGGGUUUGUGAGAGGGAGGGAGGCUCCUGCCCUGCCCGUGGUCCAUCUUGCCUGUGAGGGAGCCCCCCCAACCUCGGUCUGUUAUGGGACACUUGGGGUGGCUGCAUGAACCCCUGGGUGGAGCUCUGGGAGUGUGAAGGGGUUGGGGGGCUGCUAAGGGUCUGAAGGGCAGAGGGUCUCUCAGCGCCCCCUCAAAGGUCCCCAUCUGUCCAGUGGAACCCGAGGUUCUAACUACCCCAACCCCCAAGAUUCCCAGCUGGCCUGGGGUGAUCAGUCACCCAUCUUACAGGUGGGAAAACUGAGGCUCAGUCAGGGGAGGGGAGCUGCCCAAGUCAGAGUAAAUCCGUGGCUAAGCUGGGGUGAAGCGGAACUCGGCUCCCUUGGCCUGAGACACGGCUAAUGCUGUUACCACGUGUUUGGUUUUCUUCUUCCAUAAUGUUCUAAACGACAAUAGAUAUUCCUGAGCACAGAAAAAUUAGGAACAUAGCCCAGGGCCAAGGAGGAAAAUGAACAGUCACCCAUGUUGCAGCAGUUGUUUGUCUCCCACCCAUCCCCCACCCCACACCCGUGCUGGUCGUUUGUCCUGAGACCCUCACGUGUGCGCACUGGGGACUUGUCGGUCCUCACACACACUUCCAGGGACACCCUGGCUGCAGGGUUCUCCCCCUCACCCAGACCCCCUCUCCUGCCGCUACUAGAUCCUGAGGGGCAAGGCGUGUCCUCCAAGGGCGUCUUCCUAAAGUCGCGAAUCAGGUGGGAACGGCUCUAUUCUCCUCCCCUCAGCUUCACGUCCCGUUAGAGGAGGGGGCUUUUGGGUGAGAUUUUCAGAGAUACUCGGUUCCUCCUGCUGGCUCCUUUCCAAGCAGGGCUCUCGUGGGUAGCUCCCUGCCUCAGUUUCCCCACGCUGGCUCCCCAUCCCCCUUUCUCAUCUGGGCUACAGACCCUCGCUGCUCCCUCUUGUCCCCUCUCCCCCAGCAGAGGCGGCGGCGAUGGGCGCUAGCGUCCCCCGGCGGGGCCCCGGCCCCCCAGACGGCGGCUGGGGCUGGGCGGUGCUGGGCGCCUGCUUCGUGAUCACCGGUUUCGCCUAUGGCUUCCCCAAGGCAGUGAGCGUUUUCUUCCGGGCGCUUAUGCGCGACUUCGGCGCGGGCUACAGUGACACAGCCUGGGUGUCCUCCAUCAUGCUGGCCAUGCUCUACGGCACCGGUCCAGUGUCCAGCAUCCUCGUGACCCGCUUUGGGUGUCGGCCGGUGAUGCUGGUGGGUGGGCUGUUGGCCUCGGCAGGCAUGAUCCUAGCAUCCUUCGCCACGCGCCUCCUGGAGCUAUAUCUCACGGCUGGGGUGCUCACAGGUGAGGGCACCCACUGCCCUCCUCCCUUUUGGGGGCGGGGGUGGGGGUGCAGGUGGGGGUCCGGAGUUCUUGUUGCAAGACCUCCAUCCUCAGUUUCCCCACGAGAGGCUGUCCUCGUCCCUCGGCUCAGUUGUCCUGGGUCUGCCGGCCUGUCGGGGCCUCGUCCUUCCCUCACGCUGGGGACUGGGGUGGGGCGCCCUCAGGGAGCCCAGCACAGCGCCUCCUCGCCCGCAGGCUUGGGCCUGGCCCUCAACUUCCAGCCGUCGCUCAUCAUGCUGGGGCUGUACUUCGAGCGGCGGCGGCCUCUGGCCAACGGGCUGGCGGCGGCGGGCAGCCCGGUGUUCCUGUCCGCGCUGUCGCCGCUCGGCCAGCUGCUGCUCGAGCGCUUCGGCUGGCGCGGCGGCUUCCUGUUGCUCGGCGGCCUCCUGCUGCACUGCUGCGCGUGCGGGGCUGUCAUGCGGCCGCCGCCAGGGUCCGACCCGCGACCGCGCAGGGACAGCGCGGGCGACGCUCCCGGGGAGGCGGAGGCGGACUGCGAGGGACUGCGCCUGCGCGAAGAGGCGCCCUCUGGCGGCCGGGCCCGCCGGCGCCUGCUGGACGUGGCCGUGUGCACCGACCGCGCCUUCGCGGUGUACGCCGUCACCAAGUUCCUGAUGGCGCUCGGGCUCUUCGUGCCCGCCAUCCUGCUGGUGAACUACGCCAAGGACGCGGGCGUGCCUGACUCCGAGGCUGCCUUCCUGCUCUCCAUCGUGGGCUUCGUAGACAUCGUGGCGCGGCCGGCGUGCGGCGCUCUGGCCGGCCUGGCGCGCCUGCGACCGCACGUCGCCUACCUCUUCAGCCUGGCCUUGAUGGCCAACGGGCUCACGGACUUGAGCAGCGCGCGCGCGCGGUCCUACAGCGCCCUUGUCGCAUUCUGCAUCGCCUUCGGCCUCUCCUACGGCAUGGUGGGUGCGCUGCAGUUCGAGGUGCUCAUGGCGGCCGUGGGUGCGCCCCGAUUCCCCAGUGCCCUGGGCCUGGUGCUACUCCUCGAGGCCGUGGCUGUGCUCAUCGGACCGCCCUCUGCCGGCCGCCUGGUGGAUGCGCUGAAGAACUAUGAGAUCAUCUUCUACCUGGCGGGCUCUGAGGUGGCCCUGGCUGGUGUCUUCAUGGCUGUCGCCACCAAGUGUUGCCAGCGUUGCUCUCAGGAUGCCCCAGCCAGCCCAGGCGCCGAGGGCGGGGCCAGCGACACAGAGGACGCUGAGGCCGAAGUGGACUCUGAGCCCCUGCCCACCAGCACUGAGAAGCCUGGUGACCUCGAGGCCCUGGAGGUGCUGAGCCCGGGGACUGCGCCCUCGGAACUCGAGGGGGAGGCAGAGCCAGGGCUGGACUCGGAGUCUGUGUAGCUCGGAGGCACCACGUGGGCGAGACCAGGGGCUUCGGGAUCUGGCAGUUCCUUCUGAGAGUCCCGGCUGCCCCGAGAGGGCCUGGCACACUCCCCGGGGCCCACGUGGGGAGCUGCUUCCCUCAUCUGCCCAGCGGGCGGUGGCCAGGCCCUGGUCCUGCCGGUGAAGCUGCUGUACACGGCAGGGUCUGGGUGUGAAUCCAAAGUUCAUAAAGCUGAGCUGAAAGACA